CGGCAAAACAAUUUCCCAGGAGAUCCAGAUUCUGAUCAAAGCAUUUCUGAUGAGGGAGAUUACAAUGUUGAUUUGCGAGAGAAUGGUGUUUCAAUGUGUGGGCGUAAGGACGAAGGGGUAGGAAGGAUUACAUCUUCAAUCACGAUUGGAUGUACUAAGAGGUGCUUAUGAUGGAAAUUGUGGAAGGGAAUUUAGCAGUUCAUCCACAAAGGCAUGUGUUAAUUUUGGGUUAAAGGUAUAAUUUCCCAAUCAGUGCACUUAGUGGAAACUAGCUUAUGAUUGUGUUGAUGGAACCAGAAACAAUCAAGUGUCUUAUGUGAAGAUGAGGUUGAAGUCCCUGACUUCCCAGAUGAACAGAGCUUUAUGUUUUCCCCAAGGAAGGUGUCUACAUGCAACACGGAUGAUGAAACAAUCUCUGAUGAUGAGGAAAACAUGCUCCUAAAAAUUUCAGUCACCUCUGGUGUUCAACCAGUACAUAAAGAUGGACUUCAUAACUUUUUAAGUGGGAAGCAGGCUGUGGUCAACUUAUGCUCCACAAUAGGUGAAGAGGCUGAGGCACUAAUCCAGUCGAAUGAAAUUGGUAUCUCUUCUUCAUCACAUUCUGCCUCUGAAGCAAACAAAUCUUGUAAAGGCAUUAAAAGUAAAUCCAGGCCAAACUUUUCAUUCCAUUUCCAGUCACCUAAGGAUGGCAAUGAUGUGCCAUUCAAGGUUCAUGAAGGACCUGAAAGGUUGAAAACUGCCAACUCUAGAGAACAUUCAUUUGCCGAGCUUCUUGAAGAUUUCUGUGGAGAAAAACCCAAAAAAUCGGACAUUGUGUCGGCUGAAGUAAAAGAUCUGUGUUUCAGUGGGGAGCAUUCAGUGACUGAGCUUUUAGAUGGCCUUAAGGAUAGGACUGGUCUGCUGAAAAGAAAUUCCAAGAUGUAUGGCAGAACUACAGGGAAAAGGAUACAAGUUGUAAAGAGAAGUACAUCCCCACUUGAAGAUAGAACUAUUUUCAGUGAAGAUCUCCCUGAACCCAUUAGGGGAUCAUCAAGUGAUGAUGAGGCCAGUCAUCAAGAACUAAAACCUGCAUUUCCGGAGAUGAAGAAGCAAACUAUUGCAGAUAAGUUUCAGGAAGCUCUAGGUGCUUCCUCAAGUGACAAAGCAGCCCUUGUUACUGUACUGAGAACAUCUGGCGUUGGGUUAUUUGGGAAGUUGCAGCAGGUCACCCAGAGUGAGAAGUUGAAAGAUAUGAACUUUUUGAAGUUACAGGGUGGAGCUAGUCCAAAUAAUCCAAGCUGUGUCAAUAUAAGAAUCCUCUCAAGAUACUUGGAUGGAAAGUUGAUAGUGUGCCGUGUCUCUUUUGCAAAGGACAUUGAGAGCAUCGAAUGGCCAGAGUUUGACCAAACAAUGGCUAAUGAUGGAAGAGAAAGGACAAUUAUUUUUAAUCCAAGAGUUUGCCGUGAUGUUGACCUCGAAGCUGGGAAGUCAAUUCGUAUCCACCCCCCAUGGAAAGAGAUUCAAGUCAGGGGAGAUGGUGAGAGCAUUAUUUUAUGUACAUAUUUCUCUCAAAUUUCAUUAUAACACAUCGGGCUUUUUGGGGGAGAAAGAAGUAUUACUUCAUUCCUUUGGGGAUUAUAUGAUUAGGUGAUAUCCAUGCAGAACCAUGCAGCUGUCGGUGAGAGAAGGUUAAGGUUCAUGGCCUCUCUUGUUUCUGGAGAUAGUAAAAAGUCACACUGGGUUUAAAAACUUGUUAAAACGCACCGAGUAAGGUUUAUUGUGAACUGGUCUGAAUUAUCUUAAUUUGGUGGUUUCAAUUUCUUUUGAUUAAUAUAUGGGACUAACUACCAAACAUAAUCAAGAAAUGUCUUGUAAAAUUUUGAGCUUUUUUCCUGUCUCCUUGUAAUUUGUUAUGAAUUGAAAAUAAUAUUAUGAAUAUUAUGAAUUGAAAA